AUUUUGCUACCAAACCAUUGCCCCCGACAACCCCCCGGCGCACACUAGACCCGUUUUUCCAAACCUGAAACAGCGAAACCCCUAAACGCCCUUCUUCCCGUCUCUCUCUCUCUCUCUCUCUCUCUCACUACACUCGCGCCUUGCAGCGCAUCUCUCUCCCUCUGCAUAAUCCUUGGAUCUAUAAACAUUUACAUCUGACAUUUCAUUUCUACCGCUUAUUUUAGCAGACUUACAAUAUAGAAAUAUCGAGUUUGAUCGUCGUUUUUUGUGGGCGUGAAGUUGAAGAAGAUGGUGAUGGGCCGGUGGAUAGAAUGCAGAGGCGAUUUGUUGGCGGAGGGGGCUAAAUCGCUGCAGCUUCGGCUGAGGGAUCGUUUUAGAGUGGUAACGGUGAACUAUCACCGCCGCCGGAAUUUGAGAAUCGCCGGCGGAGGCGGCGGCUACUUCUCGUCCACUGUCCAGCGGUGGCUCGAUCGGUUCUCCGACUUUCGUCGCGAUUCUCUGCCUUCCUCCUCCACCUUUUACCGCAAAAGAGUGAGCAAGGAUAUUGAUGCAGAAGAUGAUUCAGUCUUGACCCGGAUGCUUCAGGCUGUCGCUGUUCCUGUGAUUGGAAAUGUUUGCCAUGUUUUCAUGCAUGGGCUCAAUCGUAUUCAGAUAUUUGGUGCAGAAAAAUUGCAACAUGCGGUGCUGAAUAGGCCUGAGAACAAGUCUCUUAUUACGGUUAGUAAUCAUGUUGCGGCUAUGGAUGACCCUUUGGUUAUUGCUUCCUUACUCCCUCCUGGUAUGCUGUUAGAUGCAAAUGGUUUGAGGUGGACACUUUGCGCAUCUGAUCGAUGUUUCAAAAAUCCAGUGACUUCAGCAUUUUUCAAGUAUGCGAAAGUGCUGCCAGUUUCCCGUGGGGAUGGGAUAUAUCAGAAGGGAAUGGACUUGGCUAUUUCCAAACUGAACCGUGGUGGGUGGGUUCACAUAUUUCCAGAAGGGAGUCGCUCUCGGGAUGGUGGAAAGACCAUGGGAUCUGCCAAAAGAGGCAUUGGAAGGUUGGUCCUGGAUGCUGACAAUAUACCCAUGGUUGUUCCUUUUGUGCACACUGGAAUGCAGGAUGUCAUGCCUGUUGGAGCUAAGUUUCCUAGGAUUGGCAAAACGGUGACUAUACUUGUAGGCGACCCCAUUAGUUUUGACGAUUUAAUAAAUGAAGGAGCAAAUAAAAAUAUUUCGAGAGGUAAACUCUAUGAUGCUGUCUCUGCUAGAAUUGGUGAUCGACUCCAAAAGCUGAAGCUGCAAGUUGAAGGCUUGGCCAUUGAGCAAGCAUUACAAUUGCAAACAUAUCCUUCACAUGUCACUGAACGAGCCGCUGGUCUUCUGCAAAACGUCGACUGGGAAUCACUCGGGAUGGAAAACUACAUAGGUAUUGAUGAUAACUCGCCGAGGCAAGAACCGUUGCUUGGGCCCAACGUAGCUCAACUCUAUCCACAAGAAAGCAGUCAUGACGAGCGGUGCUCUAGAGUCGGUGCCUCCGGUGAAUGUGGAUUUGUUUCGAGGAUAAGAGGUUAUAUGGACUCAACAGAAUUUAUGGUUUUUGCAGCCAGAGGUUUAUUUACUAAUCAUAGAACAAAUGAAUAUUUUGCUAAUCUGCAUGGAGUUAGUCCUUUGAAGGCAUGGAAUAAAUUCUGGAAGUCCGUGUCUGGAAAUCAUCACUUUCCAGCUAACUCAGUUUUCACUGAGGCAAUGCAAUGUUGAAAAAGUGCACGUUGGAAAGAAUAAAUUUUGUUUCUGUUCAUCUAUUUUAUUCUAAUAUUCUUGCCCAAGGGAUUUCUCCUCCCCUCCUGUGGAAGAUGGCUGGGUUCUCUAAUUCACUUGGUUUACAGUAUAUUGAGUGCUUGAGUAUUAAUUUUAUAAUAGUCUAUUCGGAUUUGUAUGAUAUUUGCAGUUUCAUUCUCGGUUGUGCAAAUAUCCUUCUCUACGCAUUCUGGGAAAAGGUUCAUUUUUGUCCCUCAA